GAUAAUUCAGUAACGUCAAUUAGCGAUAACCACCACUUCGUUCAAUGUGUUAACCAAUUAAAACGUAUAGAUCGAUUUUGACCUACCCACGCUUCUCAAAUUGUAAUCCAGGACAGAAGAAUGUCGGUGAACGAAGGAACGAGACUCGAGAGGAAGGAGAAGUGCAUAAGCUUAAUGGGAGACGAGAAAUCACUCGCGAAAGUCGGCGCGGCCAAGAGGGAGAAGCGUGCCACGCCGCACUUUGAGCUGCACACGAAGUCGUCCUUGCUGAAGAGGAAGGAGCCGAAGCAAUACCCGAUGGUGAGCCUGAAGAAGUUCCAGAAUCCCGAGGGGGGUCGCAUUUGCAAGAGACGAAGUGGAAUAGUGAAGCAGAGCAGGAGCAUGCAAGCUUUGAGGGCGGUCCUCAUGCGAGAGAAGGACCCCCUUCAGGUGCUUGAUUCUCUUCCAAGCAAGGUGACGAAGACGGUGCUUAGCUCGGAAAAAAUCGUGAAGAAGUCGACCGUUCUUCCGCGGAGUGAUUCGAUCGAAAGUGUGCUCUGUGACGUCGGAAGAUGGAUGGAACGUCUGACCAGAUUAGAGAUCGAACCUCGGGACGAAACGACGCAGGAAACGAUCAGGGAAUCACACGUGGGAGAUUCGCACACCUGCCCUCAAGACGAUCGGCCGAGCGAGCACUCCCGCGACGCUCAACGCAGCGUGGCGAUUGCGCUCAUGUCCAUGUCCCUUCAAGACAGCGAGACACGAAACGCCUUCAGCUUCAUCGAGGAUCACCCGUACGUGGAAUGCCGUCGCAGAAGUCAGCCAGGCGACGACGAGACCGAACGUUGCAAGAUUGAACUUCCUUACCGCGUGUCGGCAGCCCGAGGGAGGCCCGAAGAUGCUCCUUCGGACGGGGAACGCUCCAUUAAUCCUUUCAAGUCGAAAAUGCCGGUAGGAAUCGCCAAUAGUGGGACGUUUAAUCCCGUUAGACUCGAAAGGGUCGACGCUGAAGUGUGCCAACACAUCGUGUCGUCGAACGUCACUCAGCGCAAACGGAACGCUCGGACGACUAUCGGGAGAGUUGCGAUUCAGAGCGGAAACGUCACCGAUCAGCGUGAUUUCAACUUGGGGGACUCCGAGAGCGCGAAGUUCACGAAACCAGUCGAAGAUACCCAGUCGGUCGCGAACAAUUUCACGACGUCCAGCCGAAAGAGGCGUUUCUAUCGAAGAAAUUACGUUUCUUCUAACCCACCGGCUUGGAAACCGGCCGGAGUCAAGAAAACGCCUGCCGUGCAGGAGAGCGCAGCGUCCUUGACGCAAAACUCGUCCCGAUCGUCGAUGGUGAAGUCGGCCGCUUCGACGAAGAACCAACAGUGGAGUAAACGUUCGACGAUCGAACACACCGAGCCACUCGAUAACAGCAAGUUUAUGAACGUGCCUGUAUCUAGAAGACGGUCCAAGGUGUCGAUGAAAGAGAACAGAGAUCCUCGCGCAGAUCACACGAAAUGCGCGUCAAAGAUUGGCGAACAUUUCAGAGACAUUGAAGAAGAAAUAGAGGAUACAAGACGAGCGAAAAAUCUGCCGGGUCCGAGGUCGGGAUCGAGGUCGAGGUCGAAGUCACGAUCGCGACGCUGGCAGUCGGCCACGCGGAGGAAUCCUCCGAGAGGUCAACGGGAUAUCGACGACGAGGCUCGUGUCGAGGCCGCUCCGGUUUACAAAAAGAGAUCGAGAUCUUCGAAAGUGAUGUCCACACUGAAGAAGAUCAUCGACAGCUCGGUGAACGGCGAAGACGCGGCGAAGAACGUCGCGGGCGUGCCCUCUGAGAGAGAGAGGAAAUCUUGGAAAUCGACCAGCAUCGUCGGCACGCAGACGUCGCCUCGUAACAACAGGCAUCUCGUCGAAGCCGGUUGCAACACGAUGCCUUACCAGGCCUUCUGCGCGGACGCCGGGGUCUCCUGCGAUCUGAUCGACUUGACAAGCUUGAAGCUUGACGACACUGAGUCGAGAUCGACGAUAAUUCAAGUUAACCUGGAGGACGCUUCGAUUCACACGAUCGUGGCACCUCGUCUCGUCGAACACGAUAAGAGCGACGUUGAGAGUGAUUGUCUCAUCGUCACCGAGGGACUCUUAAUCAGUGAGCACGAGAAGACGCUGAUGGCGGAUGCCGAUUCAGAUGCAGAAUCAGAGGGAUAUUCUGUCAACACGACGAAAAUCGAGUCGGCAGAGACGUUGAAUGAAGCGACAGACGGUAAUUGUGAGUCCAGCGCAACGACGAUCGCGGGCGGGGAGAAGGAGAUUCUCGGGGCAAAAUCGCCGGGAGAUCUCGACGUUUCGACGAGAAUCGCCGGCGAUGAACACGAAGAGUCCACGACGAGUUGUGUCAGUGAGCACCGAGCGAUCGAUACGUGGCCGAGGAGCUCCCGCUGGACGUCGUUGUCGCUGUACGACUACGACGCGUCGUGCUCGGACAGUUCCGAGGAGCCGACGGAGCGGCCAACGGACGACGCGCCGGAUAGCAUUCCCGGCGACGUGUUGGUGGCCUUCCAGUUAGCCGCGGAAUACGCGCGCAAUCUUCAGCGAGCCGUCGCGCUCUACAACGAGAGCCUGAUGUCCGGGGAGGUUGGCGAGGUUCGCGGGACGUCGACGCACGACGAAGGUCGAUUCCAUGAGAGCGCGUCCUUCCUGAGCUGCCGGGCCGACGCGAACUUCGAGGACGGCUCCUCCUCCUCCUUCGUGUGUUCCUCGAGCAGCGGAGAGUCCGUUCGCGCCGGGCAUCAGUUGGAGCUGCGAGAUCGCGGAGCCGGUCGAGAGGAAGAGGACGUAACGCGAAGAGGCGAGAAGACGUCGUCGACGAUGUUGGUGCCGAAACACCGCGACCUCCAGCUCAUGGACGUGAGGUCGCUCGCGCGGCUGCUGCUACGUCGCACGCGAGAGGAGGAAUGCGCGCUCGAGCUGCUGAAGAUGGAGGGACUCGCGAGAGACGAGAGGCCUCGGGCGUCCCCCCCGCCCGGACUCGUCCCGAUCGCACUGCGCGGACACCUGGUCCCCUUCGUCUACUGCCUCCUGUGCACUUUGAUCUUCUGGUAUUUCCAGGCCUCGUUCAUAUGCCGCUCGGACGAACCGUGAGACCUUCCCCCCCCCCCCCCCUCCCCGAACCGGACCUCGCAAUCGCCCUGUAUCGCGCGGUAUCGGGAGCGCCGACGCGCUCGUUCAUUUUUACGCGGUGACAUGGAAGUGAACACGCGGAUUUUGAUAUCUGGUGACCCGGAAAAGUUCCUGCCGUUUUUAUUUGAGAGAAAUUACAAAAAAUAUACUUUUGUUUUCAAAUUAAUUUUAUUCGUCGAUGUAUGAAGCUUGGAGUUGCGUCGCAUAGUUCGAGAUUAUGUGUCGCGCACGCUCGGUCAGUUGGCAGUCGUAAAAGUUCGUGAAAUUGUGACCAACUUUGAGUCGGCAGGAACUCUUCUGGUUCCCUGAGAUUUCCGGUAAAUUAUAAUACGUUACGUUUUGUUUCCCGUUCCAAUAAUAAAUGCGCCGUAGCCCGUGCGCGCCGUAUGUGCGGCUUGUGUCGAUUGUAUACUUGCGUUAGUUCAUCGCUUUUAUUCUGUGUUCUACGUUUUAUGGAAAAAUAUAAAUGUGCGAAUAUGUGGGAGGGUAAAAAUCCGGAUGUAAAGUUUGAGAAGGCCGCUUAGACCAUACUAGUCCUAGUCUAUAACAGGUGCUUUAAGCCUUUAGCCUUAAGAAAUUGACCAAUC